AUGAAGUUCUCUGCUAUUCUUGCUGUGGCCUCUGUCUUGUCUGCUGCUGUGGCCCACCCAUUGCAACACAAGCGUGCCAUCAACGACACCGCUUUGGAAGAAGCUAUCCCAGCUUCCACUGGUAAGAAGACUGGUGACAACAUCCAAACCAGCUAUGGUAAGCCAUUCGCUGUGUACCAGCCAAAAGCCUUUGUCAUCUCCAUGUUCGAAUUGGAAAGAGACCCAUGGUUGAAGGCCUUGGAUUUCAUCCACAACAUAACCGUUCCAGGUUUGUCCCCACUCUACCCAACUAUCCACUGUACCACUAACUACACCAUCUGUCAAAUCACCACUGGUGAAGGUGAAAUUAAUGCUGCUGCCUCGGUCACUGCCUUGACCUUGAACCCAUUGUUCGACUUGACCAAGACCUAUUUCUUGAUUGCCGGUAUCGCAGGUGGUGAGCCUCAAUACACCACUCUCGGUGGUGUCACUUUUGCCAAGUACGCCGUUCAAGUUGGUUUGGAAUACCAAUUGGACUUCCUUGACUACAACAACACCAACCCAGACUGGAUCAGUGGUUACAUUCCUUACGGAACCGACAACCAAGACACUUAUCCAGGCAAUGUGUACGGAACCGAAGUUUUCGAAGUCAACGAAAAGUUGAGAGACAGAGCUGUUGAAUUGGCCUUGAAGGUUGACUUGAACAACGGUACCGAAGCUAACGCCAAGUUCAGAGCCUUGUAUAACGAAACUGCUGCUAGGGGUUUGCCAAGUGUUUACAAGUGUGAUGUUCUUACUUCUGACAACUACUUCACUGGUAACCGUUUAGGUGAUUACUUUGCCAACCUCACCAAGUUGAUGUCCAACGGCAGUGCCACUUACUGUUCCACUGCUCAAGAAGACAAUGCUUCCUUGGAAGCCUUCACCAGAUUGGACAAGUACGGUUUAGUUGACUUCGACAGAGUCGUCGUCAUGAGAACCAUCUCUGACUUCUCCAGACCUCCUCCAUCCUUGUCCAACGACACUUACAAGUUCUUCUUUGAUUCCAAUCAAGGUGGUAUUGAUGCCUCUCUUGAAAACUUGGUUCUUGCUGGUACUCCUUUGAUCCACGACAUCAUCACCAACUGGGACAAGGUCUACGAAAAGGGUCAAAAGUACUCUUCCAAGAACUACGUCGGUGACAUCUACGGUACUUUAGGUGGAACCCCAGACUUCGGUAAGUCUUCCUUCGAAAUCGCCUAAACGAUUCCUUGUACUAUACCCUAAUACCAAAAUCUUCUCGUUACCCAGUUUCUUCGUUAGGUAUAAUUAAAAUACCAUUGCAUUUAGAAUAACAAUAAAUGACAUUGUCUCAUUCGUG